GUCGCGUUCAGUCUCCGCCGUGAACCCGUUGCCGACAGUUCGACCGCGCAUCCGUUCGGAUUACGGGUUUAUACUACCACUACUAUGUGAAAGUGUUCGCGCGCGCGGACGUCCCAAGUGUUUUAGAGUUUUUAUUUUUAUUCCGUUUUUUCGUAUUUUUUUUUUUUUUUUCCGUUUUUCUUUUCUCUCUUUUUUUUUUUUCCUUAUGUUUUCAGUGCGUUCGUAAUCUACAAUAUUAAUAUUCGUUCGUCUGAAUAUUCUCGUAGAAAAAUUAAUAAUAAUAACACAUCGGUUCCGAUUGCGAUUAUGUCGACCGGCCGACCGACGGGGUCGUACGCGAACCGUUCGGUUUUCUGACGAACGCACGACGUCGUCUUUUUUUGAAAUAAAUAACAUCGCGUUUCAAAAAAAAUUCAUCACCCUUCUCCGUCCGACGACGGAGCGUGUCGGAAAUUAAUCGAAAAAAUAUAAAUAAAAAAUAGAUAAUGUUUUUGAAAUUGAAAUUGUUUUUGGUGGCCGCGAUGUGCGCCGCGGCGGUCGCCAAACUCGACGGUGGCGCGGAACAGUGUACGUGGUCGCCGUACAACAACGACACGGCCAAGUCAUCGGUGCAUUGCCGAGUCCGGACCCUGGGCGUGGACAGCCCGAGCCUGUCGACGGUGCAGCCCGAGGGCACGGUCCGACUGACGGUGGAGUGCAGUGACAAACUGUUCUUCCAGAGCACGCUAGCGCCGCGCACGUUCCGGACGCUGCAUCAGCUCGAGGAGCUGGCGCUGGUCCGGUGUAAACUGCUGGAGGUACCGACGGACGCGUUCGACGGGCUGGGCGGCCUGAAGAAGCUCGCCGUGCACACGUCCAACCUGGAAUGGGGUGCGACCAAGGCGCUGGAACUGGCCCAGGGCAGCAUGGACCGGCUGGUCGAGCUCCAGUCGCUCGACCUGUCCGAGUCCAACGUGCACACCGUGCCGGCCGACGCGUUCUGCGCGCUAAAGAACAUCCAGCAGCUGAACGUGUCGCACAACGGCAUCGACGACCUGACCACGCUCGGCUUCUCCGGGCCCGACUGCCCCGGCGGCACCGACCUCCGAGUGCUCGACCUGUCAUGGAACAACUUGCAGUCGGUGCCCGCGCGCACCGCAAUAUCCGCCAUGAAGCGGCUGCAUACGCUCGCGCUACAGCAUAACGGCGUGACUGAAAUCGCGGCCGACAGCCUGUCCACGCUCGCAUCGCUCAAGGUAUUUAACGCGUCGUACAAUAAGCUCGAAGCGCUGCCCGAGUCGUUGUUCGCCAAGAACCGUGACCUGCGCGAGGUGUACCUGCAGAACAACGGGCUGUACGAGCUACCGCGUGGACUGUUCCAUCGGCUAGAGCAAAUGGUCAUCAUCAACCUGAGCAACAAUAAGAUCAAUCAGAUCGACGAGGGUCCUUUCGUCGGCCUCCUCCGACUGGUCGUGCUUGACCUGUCCCGCAACGGGCUCACCAGGAUCAAAGCGAAUUGUUUCAAGGACCUAGUGUUCCUGCAAAUUUUGGACCUGAGCAACAACAGCAUCAGCAGCAUAGAGGAGAACGCGUUCCUGCCGUUGUACAACUUACACACGCUCAACCUCGCGGAGAACCGUUUGCACACGAUCGGCUCGCGGCUCUUCAACGGCUUGUUCGUGCUGUCCAAGCUCACAAUCAACAACAACCUGUUGGUCACGAUCGACGACCAGGCGUUCAAGAACUGCUCCGCGCUCAAGGAACUCGACCUCAGCUCGAACGCCAUUCAACAGGUGCCGGUCGCGCUCAACGAGUUGUCGUUCCUGAAAACGUUGGACCUGGGUGAGAAUCAGAUAAGCGUGUUCCACAACAAUUCGUUCAAGAACAUGGAACUGCUGACCGGGCUGCGGCUAGUCGAUAACGCCAUCGGAAACCUGACCAUCGGCAUGUUCUCCAACCUGCCCAACCUGCAAGUGCUGAACUUGUCGAAAAACAAAAUCUACACCAUCGAACGCGGUACAUUCACGCAAAACGCCCAGAUCCAAGCGAUCCGGUUGGACGCCAAUUAUUUGACCGACGUCAACGGCGUUUUCGAGUCGCUGUCCAGUUUGCAGUGGAUAAACCUGUCGAAAAACAAUCUGAUAUGGUUCGAUUACGCGAUGGUGCCGGCCAACCUCAAGUGGCUGGACUUGCAUGACAAUUACGUGCAGGAACUGGGCGACUACUACAACCUCAAGGACCGACUGAACAUCAACACGAUCGACGCCAGUCACAAUCACAUCACCGAAAUCUCGGACCGGUCGAUACCGAACAGCGUCGAGGUGCUGUUCCUCAACAACAAUUUCCUGUCGAACAUUAGGCCCAACACGUUUUUGAAAAAGAGAAAUCUAGUACGCGUGGACCUUUAUGCCAACGAGCUGACCCGGCUGGACGUGAACAGCCUGCGACUGGGCGUGGUGCCCAUCAACCGUUCGUUACCGGAGUUCUACAUCGGCGGCAACCCGUUCGAAUGCGACUGUUCCAUGGACUGGCUGCCCACGAUCAAUAACAUGACGCAACUGCGGCAGCAUCCCAAAGUGAUGGACCUGGAUAACGUGGUGUGCAAGACGACGGACUCGAGGGGCUCGGAGGUGAUGCCGAUACUGUCGGCUGGGCCGUCGCAGUUCCUGUGCAAAUACGAGACGCACUGCUUCGCGGUGUGCAAGUGUUGCGAGUUCGACGCUUGCGACUGCGAGAUGACGUGCCCCAGCAAUUGCACGUGCUACCACGAUCAGACGUGGCACACGAACAUCGUGGACUGUUCGUACCAGCUGAACAACAUGGUGCCGCCGAAGAUCCCCAUGGACGCCACGCACGUGUACCUGGAUGGGAACAAUUUCAAUCAGCUGCAGGGCCACAUAUUCAUCGGCCGCAAGAACAUGGUGCAUUUGUAUCUGAACAACUCGAAGAUCGAGUCGUUGCAGAACCACACGUUCAACCGGCUCAGCUCGUUGCAGGUGCUCCACCUAGAGGACAACAUGCUUACCGAGCUGAAGGGCUACGAGUUCGAGCAGCUGUACCAGCUCAGGCAGUUGCACUUGCAGAACAACCGACUGUCGUACGUGAACAACGUGACGUUCGCGGCGCUGCGCAACCUCGAGGUGCUCCGGCUGCACGGGAACCUGCUCACCGGGUUCCCGGUAUGGCAACUGUCCGUCAACCCGUAUCUGGUGCAACUAUCCGUGGGCAAGAACCCGUGGACGUGCCGGUGCAAGUUCCUGCAACCGUUCCGCAACUGGGUGUACGAAAACGGGCCGAAGAUCACGGACGUGGCCGACAUUACGUGCGCGCCGGACGACACGGACCCGGGACAGCGGCGUGAGAUCGACUUCAACGACACGGCGUGCAAUGACUUCUACACCGGCGGCUGGGCGCUGCGGAACAUGAUGGCGUCCAGCUACGUGCCGGUGCUCACGUUCCUGUUGGUAGUGUUCGUGGUGGCACUGGUGCUGUUCGCUGUCCGGGACAACGUCAAGGUGUGGCUGUACACCAAGUACGGGAUACGCGUUUUCAGCUGCAAGAACGCGGGCAACAAGCACUUCUACGAGGACCGCGAGAAGCUGUACGACGGCUACGUUCUGUACAGCCCCAAGGACGAGGAGUUCGUGCUGCAGUCCGUGGUGGCCGAGCUCGAGCACGGCAACCCGUCGUACCAGCUGUGCCUGCACUACCGCGAUCUGCCCAUCACGUCCAUGUACCACGCGGGCUCGUCGCCCGUGGUCAUCGAGGCCGCCGAGGCCAGCCGCCGCGUGAUCGUCGUCCUAUCGCGAAACUUCAUACAGACCGAAUGGUCGCGGUACGAGUUCCGGUCCGCGCUACAUGAGGCGCUCAAGGGCAAGGUGUACAAACUGGUACUGAUCGAGGAGAACAGCAUCGCGGCCGAGGCGGACGCGGACCCGGAGAUCCGGCCGUACCUGAAAGUGGCGUCCAAAGUGCGUUGGGGUGAGAAACGGUUCUGGGAACGUCUCCGGUACCUGAUGCCCAGCAACAGCCAUCACAACAACAACCAUCACCACCACAAGGUGUGCAACUACCGCAACAACAUCAACAACUACACCAUCGACACUAGGACGCCCGUGGUGCCCGCGCACCGCAGGCAACCAUCGCCGCACGAUAAGUCGUUGCCGCAGCCCGCCGCGCACCACCACCGGCACCAUCACCAUCACAGCCCGGGGUCGUUGCCGCGGCCGCAGCACCGGCACGAGGACUCCAACUACUCGACGGCCACCACGGCCACGCCGUCACCGAAACUCGGCAACUGCGAUGAGCGGCCCGCGUCCACCGAGCACAUUUACUCGGCCAUCGACACGCCGCCGCCGUCGGUGCACCAGUCGCCGAGCAGGAUGAUGAUGCCGCUGCAGCACCAACAGCAGCAGCACCAGCAGCAGCAGCAACAUCAGCAGCAGCAGCAACAGCAACAGCAGCAACAGCAACAGCAACAGUUCGAGCGCACCAACAGCCGCAGGUCGGCAAAACACCAUCAGCAACAGCACCAGAACGCCGUGCAGGCUUAUCUGGUCUAACGCGACAUAUUUAAUUCAUAUUUUUUUAACCCCUCGGGAAAAAAAAAAUAUAAAUAUAUAAAAUAUGAGUUCGUGCGAGGUUCGUACGCCAACAGGUCAGUGUCAUCGACAUAUUAUAUUAUUACGUAUAGGUUAUACAAUAUACUAUUGAAUUUCGUUAGAUUUUGUUGUUUUAAAUUUUUUUUCGAAAAAAAAAAAAAAAUGCUGAAUAAUACGUGUGCUCAUCAAUAUGUGAUAAUGUUGUUUUAAGCACGACUUUGUAUAAUUUAUAGAUUAAUUGAGUUCCUAAGUGUACGUUCGUCGGAACAUGCACUGCGGUUAAUUCCCUUUGAAACUUUCUUGUAUUUUUUUUUUCUAUUAUUAUUAUUAUAUAUGUUUGUAACUCUACGACGGGGCUGUGUCCGCCGUUUAUAUUGUAAAUGUGAUUUAAGGCGGGUUUUUAAAUAUUAUGAUUGUUGUGAAAAAAAAAAAACGGUUCGUACUAACUAUUGAGAAUCUAACGCCAUUUUUCUAGUCAGCUCAAAAAAAAAAAAAAACGUUUUUGAGCAACCAAAUUUUGUGUGUUAAAUUCAUAAAAACAAAAAAAAAAAUAUUAAAUAUUAAUAAUUACGUGUUAGUCUCGAUUCGAGACCCAGACUGAUUUAGUCUUCGUAUCACUGUUGUUUGAUCCCCCACCCUUCUUGAUUGUUUUCUGUACCGAAAUUACGUACAUCGUGCUUUAUAUUAUUCCAUUUUAUUUUCACGUGACGUAAAAUAUUAUUUUGAAUUUAUGACGUAUGAUGUGGGAUAAUUAAAAACCUCUGUGGGUGUUAGUGUUUUUUUUCUCUCUUCAUAUAUCGUAAUAAUAAUAAUAAUAAUACCGGUUCUAGGCUCUCGUGUAUUUUAUUAUAUUUCUCCUUAUUACUACACUCUCCUAGAGCGUUUAUUCUGUUAUUAUUCCGACGUGUCCGAGUGCGCUUUCGUACGAAAGACGGAGAAGAAACUAAAGAGAAUGAAACAAAAAAAAAUAAAAUGUAUAUACAUAUAUAUGUAUUUCUUUUAUUUAGUACACGGAUUACCACUUAGUACUGCCGCCGCGUUAUCUGAAAUGGAUUCGGCUUUUUAUUUGGAGAGACAAUAUAAAACUACUAUUUUUUUUUUUUUUUUAAUAUAAUAACGUAUACAAAACAAGGAUAAUAAAAAUAAGAUAAAUAAAAAAACUAUACAUAUUAUUAUACACACCUUUUAUGUAAUACUUUCCGGCGAAUAAUAAUUUAAUUUCCAUGUAGACCCGGAUGAAUAUGUGAACUAUACUUGACAACAGACACCUAACUCCGACGCGUUUUCUUCUUGGAAAAAAUAAAUAACAAUUUAUCAGUAAAAAAAAAUCAA